AUGCCACCACAAGCCGAACCGACCCCUAGUGGGGUAGUAUUCGAAUCGGACACUCAAACAUCAGAUUUGGGUCUCGCUAAAGACGUAUCGGUGCUUAAAAAGGCAGCACCGAAGAAAUACGAAUAUGUCUGGUUCAAUAUAUUCUGGUUCCUCUUUUUACAUAUCGGCUCCGCUUAUGGAAUUUAUUUGGGUGUGACCUCAGCUAAAUGGCAGACCAAUGUAUUUGCAUUUCUAGUUCAUCUCAUGUGCGCCAUUGGAAUCGGCGCAGGGUCUCAUAGGCUCUGGACACACCGCUGCUACAAGGCGAAGACUCCAUUACGUGUCUUGCUUAUGAUUUGGCAAACUAUGGGCUUUCAGGACUGUAUAUUCGAGUGGGCCCGUGAUCACCGCACUCAUCACAAGUAUGCAGACACCGAUGCCGAUCCCCACAAUGCUGAAAGAGGACUGUUUUUUUCUCACAUGGGCUGGCUGUGCUGCAAGAAGAGCCCUGAGGUCAUCGAGGGAGGUCGACGGAUUGACGUCACAGAUUUAUAUGAAGAUCCAGUAGUAAUGUUUCAAAAGAAACAUUACAUGAAAAUGAUGCCAAUCCUUUGCUUCCUUCUACCGACGGUAAUUCCAGUAUAUUUCUGGGGUGAAACUUGGCUCAAUGCCUUCUUCAUUCCCACUAUACUUCGUUACACAUGUGGAAUUAAUGUUGUGUGGAGUGUCAAUAGUUUCUCUCACACCUUCGGAUACCGUCCGUACGACAAAUCAUUGAAUCCACGGGACAAUAUAGGAGUUUGGAUGAUCUGUGUAGAGGGUUUCCACAACUACCACCACACGUUUCCUUGGGACUACCGCGCCACUGAACUACCUCUUUACAACAUGCUUACGCCCACUAUCGUUUUUAUUGAGGCUAUGGCAAAAAUUGGUCAAGCUUACGAUCUAAAGUCAGUGUCACCUGAGAUAGUCCAAAAACGAACCUAUCGCACCGGAGACGGUACACAUUCCUUAUGGGGCUGGGACGAUCCAGAGUUCACUGAAAAAUUGAAAGAAAAAUAUGGAUCUAUCCACAACACUCAACAGAAAGAAGAUUAA